GCCCACGCCCAUCCAUUCCAAGCCCGCCCGUUCUCAAGCCUUGGUCCUCUUGUAACCCUGCUAUUUGGGACUUUGUGUCUGCGUGCGGCAAGACAAGCCCAGGCGGCUCUCCAGGCUAUCCCAGCGAACAGCAGUUGUCGAGGUUACCGAGUCCAGCGCCAUAAAGCGCGUUAAGCCGACAAACUGGAGUCCGCAGUAGCAGCCAUGUUUGUCCUCCCUCCACCGCCGAGGUAUCCAAGCCAGGCGGGAUACGGACUCGUCCCUGGUUAUGUUGCGCCCAUGAUAGAGACCAACAAUAUCCUGUCGCACCCUUCAGGGCCCGAAUACCAGUUCCUGGUCGGAGAGGGCCUGUACACGCUCAAGGAAGACCUGCAUCUUGCAACCCCCCCACCACAUCCAUCCGAAGCUCCAGUCAUCAAUCCGAAUCCUCUCGCGACGACCCCUCAACCUGCCACUGCCGGCACCAGCCUCUCCGUUGUCAAUCUCGAGAUACGCCCGCCACCGCCAGGCUUGUUUAGGGUCGCUUCUCGAGCAAAUGGGGUCCAGCAGAUUAUCCAAGAACAUCCAGAUGAAAGCCGGUCGUCUUCCGGGGUGCGUGGGAGCAGCGAGGGUGCCCGCGCCGCUUCUAGCGAUGCCGGCGCUAUCUUCUCCAAUACGCCUGCAUUUGGCGAGGGAAACACACUUCUGGCUCAAACAAACUCAAAGGACAACAAUAAACGAAAAAAGCCCAAGAACAGCAUGACAAAAAGCAACUCUUCGUUUAUUUCCCGUGUUAUAGUCCACGAGUCUCUACACAAGAGGCUAAAUGAUCGACCAACCGACGGCCUAUUCGCGUUUGCCAACAUCAACCGAGCUUUUCAGUGGCUGGAUCUCUCUUCAUCCUCCAAGGCCGACUACUUGACCAAAAUUCUCUUUACCAAAGCGCAUUGUCUCUGCCACGAUGUUAACAGGCUAACCAAGACCUCGUCACACAUUGAUGUGAUUAUGGGCUUUUCGACUGGUGAAAUAAUUUGGUGGGAACCCAUAUCACAACGGUACACUCGUCUAAACAAAAGGGGCCUUAUCAACAAGACACCGGUCUCCAUGAUCCAAUGGAUCCCUGGAUCGGAAAACCUCUUCCUGGCAGCGCAUAUGGACGGAACAUUAGUCGUGUACGAUAAAGAGAAGGAGGAUGCCACUUUCUCACCGGAAGACGAGGCCGCCACUCGCGCCAGCGGGGAGAGCAAUGGUGUUCCCAACGGCGUCAAGGGUGGCAACUACACCAGCCAGAUCCACGUCCACAAAUCUGUUCACUCAAAGAACCAGAAGGCGAAUCCAGUGGCUGUUUGGAAGCUUUCAAACCAUCGCAUCAACGCAUUCGCCUUCUCUCCUGACCAUCGGCAUCUCGCCGUAGUUUCAGAAGACGGCACGUUGAGGAUAAUUGAUUAUCUGAAGGAAGAGCUGAUUGACCUGUUUUACUCUUAUUACGGCGGCUUAAUGUGUGUUUGUUGGUCGCCCGAUGGCAAGUACGUCCUUACUGGUGGUCAGGAUGACCUAAUUUCUAUCUGGUGUAUCUCCGAAUCUGCCCUCAUCGCCAGGUGCCAAGGCCAUCAUUCGUGGGUGACCUCGGUAGCCUUUGACCCCUGGCAGUAUGACGGAAAAAACUACCGGUUUGGUAGUGUUGGCGAGGACUGUCGGUUGUGCUUGUGGGAUUUCAGUGUCGGCAUGUUGCACCGACCCAAAGCUGCAUCAGUACGACAGAGAGGAUCUUCCUUUUCAUCCCGUUUCGCAUCUCUCCAGCGGGCCGAAACGCAGAAUACAACGACUAGUAAUCGUCUGCGAUCGGAUUCAAACUUGUCGAGUUCGGGAGACGCGCCUGCUGAGGAGACACCUGUGCCUACCACUCCAAAGCAGGUUGAACCGCACCCCGUGGAGCCGAGGGCAAGAACGGCCAUGUUACCCCCUGUUUUGAGUAAAAUCGUCGAUGACGACCCGCUUUGUUGGCUUGGCUUUACCAAGGACGGGAUCGUGACGAGUUGCAAGUCUGGUCACGUCCGAACAUGGAACCGUCCAUCAGACGACUCAUCCACCCCGUCUCAGUCUCAACAUGGAGAUGAUAACUAGGAGAUAUCAUCCUAUGUGCUCUUACGAUGAAGCCUCCCUUCAUCCUCCCUU